AUGACUGAAAAAAGUGAAAGACCUCACAUAAAAAAGUUCUAAACAUUCUUUAACGAAGCCCCAUCAAAAACCAUAUGGAGAACUAAAACUUUCACCUAAGCCUUUAUUUCACGUGUUACAAAGCCUGCUACCUCAGUCUAAAAACUGAAACAAUUUUUACAUGAUGUUUUUCCAAUUGUAAAAGGGAAAACUAAUGAGAAAACGGAGUAAUUCAAGAUCAAUUUAAAAAAAAAAAAUACUUAUGACCAUAUUCCUAAUCCUUCUAAAGUUUCCACUAUUGGGAAAAUCGAUAGACUCUUCAAAACAGAAUCUGGAUAAAUUGAAGAUAAAAAUUAAUCUAAGGCUGAGCAUCUGAAAAGAUGUAUAACUCCUUAGAGUAGAAUUGAAAACAAUUGCAAUUCUAGUUUAGCAAUAUCUUAGUUGGAGGAAUAAUUAAUUGACAAAAAUGCAGCAUCUUAUGUAAACAUGACACUUGAUAUUUCGAUGAAUACAAAUGUUUUAUAAUAAAUGGCUCUACCUUCUAAUCAAUCUCAUCGAGAACUAAACUUUGAUGCAAUAUCCAAUCCUAUAUUAGAGAAGCCAGAAUCAUAAGAAAAUAUAUUAUUAGACUAAAUUAAAGAUGGGGCUAUUGAAUCAGAACAGGAUGACUAAAAUAAAUGGAAAUAAGUGAAAAAUAAGGCUUCGGCCUUUAAUGCUGUAACAGAACCUUAUAGAAAUAAGUAAAAAUUUUUCAGUUUCUUUACGGAUGCUCCAUAAAAAAUAGCCUUAAAAACUAAAAAAACACAAAAAAGAUUGGAAGCAAAGUUAUCAAACAAACCUUAAAUAGAAAGUCAAAAUUAGGAUUCUUAAAACAAUGAAAUCAAAUUAGCAGAGAUGAAAAAGAUUGAGAAUGAAUAGCAAUCGGAUGAAUAAAAGGAAAAUAACCUAGAACAAAGUGUCUAAAAGGAUGAAAAUAAGAUAGAAAAUUUUCAAGAAUAGGAGCAAGUAAUAUAAACUAAUUAAUCAAAACCUUAGACAGAUUUGACUUAUAAUAUUAAUGAUGCUUAGAUUACUAAUUAAGAUAUUGAUAUUGAUAAUUAGAACAACUCAAAAAAACAUUAACAAAGUGUAGUGAAUUUUAUCUCAAGUAGUGGUGCUUUAAUGAAAAAAAAAACAAUGGAAAUGUUUUCUUAAAUAGAAAACAAAAUUAAAUUACAAGAGGGGCAAAGAGUUAGUUUUAGAACAUAAAAUUAAACUGAUGUUGAAAAUAUCAAAAAUGACAGUGUUUAAAAAAAUCAAAAUUUCCAAAUAGAGAAAAAAAAUGUUAAUUAAGUUUAAGAAAUUCGAGAUUAAGCUUAAAUUUCUGAUCAAGAUGAAUAUGACUCUUAAGUGGAACCUUAUUUGGAAGAAGAUUUAAAAAUUUCAAAUAAAGACUCAAACAAUUAAUUUAAUUAUCAAUAUGAAAAUUUUAACUAAAUCAAUGAUUCAUAACUAAACAGCAGAGGAGAGUUAUAAUCUAAUGAUAAACAUCCUUAAGAAAUAACUAAAAUUGAAAAAGAAUCAGUUCAUUAAGAUAGUUUUGAAUCUAUCCCAAUUUUUGAUAAUUUUAAAGAGGGGCCUAAAGAUACAUCAAGGGAUUAAAAAAGCAAAAUUACUAUUUAAGAUAAUGAAUCCAAUUAGUUAACAAGUAAAUUAUUUAAUAAAGAUGAAUUGAGAUAACAAUAUGAUGAGAUUAAUUAAGAAAUUUAAUAAUUACAUUUUGAAAAAUAAUAAUUGUUGCCAAAAAAAAAUAUUUUAAUUAAAAGCACAUUCAAGCCUAAUUAUAAGAAAUUGGCAGAAAUCUCUGAUGAUAAUGAAGCGCUCUAUAAAGCAAAAGAUUUAGUCAGGAAAAUGAACCAAAAAAGAAAAGAUAAAGAAGAGAGAACUAAAAAAUAAUACGAUAAAAUUGAAGAAUAUUUCCAUAAUCUAUAAUAUCUAAAAGAAAGUCAAGAGGAAAUGAAAAAUAGGUAUGAAAUACAAAGGAAACUUUAAAUUUAAAAUAGAAUAGAGGAUUAUUAAAAAAAAUAAAAAGAAUUUGCUCAAUUGCAAAAGAUUAGUCACAAUUUUGUUUAAAAAUUGAUAAAUGUAGGUCCAUAGCAGGGUCAACUAGCUAAAGAAUUUGAAGAUAAUGUUGUUUCUAUAAAGGGAGGAUAUAGAAAAGUUAAGCUUAAGAACUUAGGUAUUGAGUUGCCAAAAAUUAAUGAAAAUAAUAAUAAUGCAAUGUUCAGAAGGUGA